AUGUUGGAGGAAGUUCAGUACCUUGAGCUGCCGUCGAAAACCUACCGGACGAUAGGCAAGCGGCACUUUGUGAAAUUGAAUGUGGCGGACUUUGUGAAUGAAAUCAAAAAGCGACCCGUACUGUACAACACGCAGCACCGGGAUUACAAGCGGAUAUGCUUGCGGAACCAGUACUGGGAGGAGGUUGCGGUCGCGAUGAACUUGUCCGCCCAGGAGUGCAAGAAACGGUGGCGCAGCAUGCGCGAUGCCUUUCUCAAGACCGUCCGCAAUAAGAACGAGAUCGAGCGCCAAUCGUGGAUACACUACCGGCUGCUGGAGUUCAUGCUUCCGUAUGUUGUCUUCAGGAACGAGGACACGGCAAACAGUUACGCUUCGUGUAAAGAUGGCCAAGGGGAGAACAAUUUCGUUGAGUUUGAUACUGACGAAGAAAUAUACGACGGACCCGUUACCGUGUCGUAUGUGACACAGGAUGGUAGGCAGGUGUUCCAGGUGCUGCACACCCCCAUUCAAGACGACAGCUUGCCGGAGACCUUACGUCAUAAAGAGACGGAAGAAGAAAUCGAGGACUGCAAUGAAGAACAGCUGCAUCUUGAACCGUUCUCGUACGGUUCACCAUCGGGCGGAGAAUACUUGCUAGCGUCCACGACGGAUGACGAGAGCGAACAGGAGGCGGUACUUUACGAAGAGCAACACAGCGCGACUCAGUUAAUACACGACGAAAAGCCUAUAGAAGCCGUCAAUAAUUACCCUACCGGUUGGGUCGAAGAGUACGUGGACGAUACGAAACAAAUCGAACCCGAACCAGAGAUAGAAGUCCCCGAAGUUGCUACCAAACGAUUAAGAAUAGAAUCCACGCAAAUGUCCCCAAGCGCACCUUCGAGACCCGCGUCACCUACUGUUCCUCUCUCUAUAUCGGCACCAAAUCCACCGCCACAGGAAGACCAUAAAGAAUCAGACGCACGGUUAGGCAUUACCGAUCCGGACGAACGGUUUCUUCUCUCCUGUGCUCCAAUUCUUCGAAGACUCCCGAAUAAGAAGAAUGUCUUGGCAAGGCUUAAGAUACAGCAGAUGCUGUUCGAACUGGAGUACGACGAGAAGUAUAGCUACGAAGGGACGUGA